AUGGCAUUUAUUAGCUCAAAUGCGAUAAUAGAGAAAUGUUGUAAUUUGUAUUCCACCGAAAAUAUUCAACAAAAUGAUGGUUAUUUGAAAAAUUUUAUUGACAAUACUAAUAAUAGUAGUGGUAAUGAUAAUGAUGAUAAUGGUAAUAAUAAUGAUAAUAAUGGUAGUAAUAGUAAUACAAAUGAUUACAAGUUGAUCAAAUGCAAAGCUCAAUGUGAUGCACAAUGGAAGAGUGAUUUUCAUGUGCAUUUUCAAAAGAAUUACGAUGAAGAAUUUUAUGAAUUUCCAUUGGAUAAAUUAAUUACCACAUCAUUUGAUAAUUUUUAUACAUUUUGUAAUAUAACAGAACAGAAAUUAGCAUGUUGGAAUAUGCGAUGUGAAAUGAUAGAUGAAGAGAUACCAUGGAGUAGUGAUUUGCAUAUUUGUGCUUUUAAAAGGUUGCAAUUUGAAAAUUCACUUCGUUGUUUGAAUCUAACCAGUAGUGGUGCACAUAAUGAAUGCAAUAAAAUAUGUCGUCGUGUUGCACGACGAUAUCCUACAAAUGGAAUUGAAAAAUCAUAUCUUCAUGACGUAUCCGCUAAUUUAGCUGAAAUUUAUCAAUACUGGCAAUUGAAUAAGCAAUGUGCUUUUCAAAUUUGUCAUUUGGAAUGUCGAAAUGAGUUAAUAAAAGGUAUGUGUGAAGAAAAUGAAACAAUUAAUGGAUUGGAUGCAAUACAAAGUUACUAUCAAUAUGAUCUGCUCGAUCAGUUGCGCUCAUUAAUUGACAGCUCCACCGAGCAUUUGUAUCCAUUAAUUUGUCGACUUUAUCUUCCAUUGCAAUAUCAUUUGGAACUAACGAACGAAACCAGUAAUGAAAUUAAGCGAUCAGUCCUAGCUAUUAAGAGCGCAGUGAAUGGUAUCGUUGAAAUGAUCAUCAAAUCAUGA